AUGGCAACACUUUCCGUAGUCCUGGCGAUCUCUGCGGGGCUCUUGCUGUCUGCGUGGGCCUACCCCCAGGAGUCCGACUACGACGACUACGAGUACGAGGAGGAGGUGGAGGAGUACGGCGAUCUCCCCGAGUUCGCCUUCGAGUCCCAGAGCUUGGUGGCGAAGGUCGGCGAGACGGUCAACAUUCCCUGCCAGAUCACCGAGAAUAGUCCCUUCGUGCUGCUCGUGAAGAAGGCGGCGACGAGCGACGCCAAGGACAAGCUGAUCUUCGUGGGCAACGUGAAGGUGCAGCGCGAUCGCCGCUACAAGUUCGACAACAACCAGCUCGAGAUCUCCAACCUGCGCGCCUCCGACUCCGGCACCUACGUGUGCCGCCUGGAGUCGCAGCCGUCGCCCAUCGAGCUCCACCACUUCCUCGACGUCCAGUACCCCCCCAAGGUGGAGGCCGUGUCCCCCCCGGAGCACCACGUGAGGAAGGGCGACAACGUGCAGCUGGAGUGCAAGGCCGAGGGCAACCCCCAGCCGGUCAUCAGCUGGUCCCGCCUGGAGGGCCGCCUGCCGUCCGGGGCGCAGCACGAGGAGGGCGAGAGCAUGACCCUGGCUGACGUCGACCGCCACGUGGAGGGCACCUACACCUGCACGGCUGACAACGGCAUCGGAGAACCUGCCACCGCCUCCAUGUCCGUCAUCGUCGAUUACGAACCUGAGAUCAUCACUGAAAAGGCCAUCAUCCGCUCCGGCGAGGGCGACACCGUGGAGCUGGUGUGCAUCGUCCACGCCCGCCCUUCCCCCACCGUGAACUGGACCCUGAACGGCAUGCCCGUCGACCUGGACGCCCACGCCGAGGAGAAGGACGGCGGCCACAGGCACUCCCUCAGGAUCUCUCAGGUGACGGAGGAGGACUUCGGGGACUACGUGUGCACCGCCCACAACGACCUGGGAACCGUCACCGGAUCCAUCCACAUGACUGGCCUCCCCAAGCCCCCCCACUUCACCAGCGACCCCAACGGCGGCGAGGAGAACAGCUACACCCUCACGUGGGAGACCGAGAGUUACUAUCCCAUUGAAUCCUACCGACUCAAGUACAGGAAGGCUAAGGCCAACGACUCCACCGACGAGCCCGGCGAGUGGAGCGAGAUGACCUACGACGCCAGUGAUGUGGAGACCAACGGCCUGAUGCACACCAUGAAGCACACCAUCGAGGACCUGGAGCCAGCCACCGACUACCACGCCAAUGUGCAGAUCAAGAACCAGUUCAUGUGGGGCGAGAACCAGCAGUUCGCUUUCUCCACUAGAAAAGUCUCACCCACCACCACCACUACUCCUACCUUCACCACAACCCCCACCACCACCACCACCACCACUUUCCCCACCACCACCUUUGUUGAGGAUAAAGUGGGUCCGACCAGUGGUUCUGUGCAAGAAGUAGCAGGCCAGCAGUCCACGCUCAGCGGAAGUGGCUCUGUUGGUUUGAACGCCCUGCUCCUCCUGCUGUCCGUGUUCCUGCUUAGGACAUAAGUGGCAAGCAGUGAUUAGUUCCUUCUGUAGCAGAUAGAUCUGGUUGCGUCCGAGCAGCGCCCACUCGUGUUUUAGAUCAAGCUUCAACGCUCAUCCAUGGAGAAGAUCCUUCGAGUUGCAAUUAGUUCUUCAUUCUUUUGCAACCGCUUUUCACGAGUUUACCAUUAAAAAAAUAAAUCCAGUUUUCUUUGAAGGUUUUUACGUCUGGUCAGCAGUCUGUAUGGAUUAAAAUUUAGAAGUUGAAUUAAAAAAAAGACGACUAAAGAAUGAUAACUAUGUUGGACUGGAAUCAUGAUAUUUAUAGACCCUUUUUCGAAUCCAUUGCUAGAGAAGUCCCCUUUUUAAAUUCCUGUAUUCAUUGAUGGUCUUCAAAUGAUGUGGUGUUGUAUUAGUGAGCCUUAAUGGAUGUGAAUAAUGUAAGAAAAAAUAUGAAUAUUAACAUUUUAUAAUCAAACUUUUAAUAUCUUGUCAUUAUUAUAACCGGUGGUGAGGAUUUAGAGAAAAAAUAAUAUGUAACGAUUAGAAACACAUAUUCCCAAAUUAAGAACAAACACAUAUUAUACAAAGAUUUUUUUCUAGGAAAUUUACUUUCAAAAUUUAUAUAGCUCAUACUUAUGGUAAAGGAAUAGAUAGGUCUUAUGGUGAAGUGAGUAUAACACCAUCGUUCUAUACGUCUUCAAGACAUACAGAAAAAUGGCGUUGAAUGGUACAUAUCUCCCAAAGGAAGGUUUCCUUAAAGGGAGGCACACCUUCUAUAGUCACGCAGAACGGAGCCAUCUCACUAUUUUCGGCUUCCGGGUGGCCUCCCCUUAAGGGAAAACGAAAAAAAGGAACAGAAAGACUGAAAUAAUAAUGAUAAUAAUAGGAAAAUCCCGAGUCAUGCUUGACGACCUUCGAUAUUGCAGGAAUGUGGCGCUCGUCAGGCAUGACUCCCUGUCCCCUUUUCUCACUCCCGUCUUCUACCCUUCUCCCCUCUUUUUUCUCUUCUUCUCCCGUUCUUUCACGUCUAUAGGACUUUUUACCAUCAUUCGAAAGUCCUUAAAGGACGUCGGCAGAAACGUCUUAAAAUGAAAAUGUUCUUCAAGAGAAGAGAUGCUGAGGGAGCAGGCCGAGAGGGGUUGACCUUCGUGUCGCAACUCGCUUGCGUCUGCAGUAAAUUUCGGAAAAAUCCUCUUAAAGAGUCUGAAAAAUAACCCUUUUGCCUUUUUGUUCUUAUUUUUCUCUGUGAUUUUUUGUCUCUUGCCUUUUCUCGUAUAGGUCUGUGACAGGCUGCCCCCUUUUCUUUGUCCCAGUAUAUGAAGUAGCCACAGUGUGGUAACCUUUGAGCACUUGGCGCGAUGGCCUUAGUGAGUGACCCUGACCUCGGUAACUGUGCAGCGCCUUCUAGUGCUCGUUUUAUGCUGACAUCACUACCCAAAUUUAAGCACAAACCUAAAUAGGAUAUUCUCAAUGACAGCAUUAACUUUGCUGAAUGAAAAUCCUAAGGAUUAAAAUGAUAGACGUCGGAUCUCGAACAGCUGUCACGCCGCUGUCGCUGGCAUGAUGUCAUUAUGCAGUGAUGUUGGCAUUUGACGGCCCAGACGAGAGACACUGCAGGUCACAGCCUGGUACAGACGUCCAUACGGCAGGGCACGUGUCAGAGUGCAGGAUUAUCAGACGGGAUACGAAAGUUAUCCUUGUAUAUAUGGACAGAGAAAACAACCCCCUCCGAACACUUUUAUAUGGAAAAUAAAAACUAGCCUCCCAAUAUCAAUGAAGUCACUCAUUUACUGUAAGUAUAUACAUAUAUAUAUAUAUGGUUAGAUAACUCACCUAAAUCGGGUUACAUUGGCGAAAGAAUUCUUCCAACAUUAACAAAGGCAUGCGUCGACCCGUGAUAUUCUAGCGGAGGCAGCACUGACAGCUGACACAGUGGGGUCAAUGCGCCACAAAACCUUCAGCUUGUGACCUCGGAAACCCCUGUUAGGAGGAGUUCACGUGAUCACCAAACUGCAGGAGGACAUAGUAGGCAAUUUCACCUUUACUGUAAUGCCUGUUACACAAGAGAGAGACAACCUUCCCCAUGCCUUUCGUGUAAGAAUGUAACGUGGCUUCUACUCCGAGCACGUCCGUAGCUUCAACUCAGGUCAUCUGGAGCCCUUGCGAGGAGGCUCACCGUUAACCUCCCUCGAACACUGUUUUAGCUAAAACUUAGUGACGAGACGUGCGUAGACCUCAAUACAUUACAGCUGUGACAUAAUAAUGUAUAAAUCAGAAGAGAAAUAACAAAUGUCAUUGGUUCUUGCCCGUGUAACGUACACAGCCUCGCCUUCUCCUGGUGUGUGUAUGGAAAAACCGAUCUUUUAAUUCCUUGCGAGUAUUUUUCCGCCUUUGCUGGUUUCUAUUUCUUGGUGGUGUGUUACGUCACUCCCCCGCUCGAUCCGAUGUAAACAGAUGAUUGGUCUUGAAUGAGAUUUACCAAAUAGCAUAAUAACGAUUAAAGAUAAUGAUGAUGAAUUCUUUGGCUUUUUUCUGUUUCUCAAAAAAAAGUGAUGACAUGUUGUGAUUUGUAUGUUUUGCUAAAAGAAAAUAAUAAUGAUGAGUAAUAUGUACACUAGGAAAAUAUUUGCUUUAGAUUUUAUUUUAUUCUCUUUUUAUUUUUAUUUUUCUGUGGAAUGAAAAUAAAGUUUUUUGAAAUUAGGUUAAAUCACAUUUUAUAAUUUGAACAUAGUGUAAUAACGAGACUUUGUAAGUAAAGUGAAGAACUUGCUAUAUAUAGUACUUUAAGGAGAAAGAACGUAAUACAAGAAUAAGGAAGAAAAUUUUGAUUGUCUUAAUGGACGUUAUCUGAACAUUCCAAACACAAACGGCGUCGACGCCAUAUUGGUAGAGACGCUGUCAAAAUUUUCAGUCAAAUUCAAAAUGCAUCGCUGCUAACAGUAUUCAUAUAUCAACUAACGCUGUCAGCAAAAAAACAAAAACCAAAAAAAAAAAAAACUGAUUAAAUUUUAUCAACCAAAUUUGAGCAGAGUUUGUGUUCAGCUUGAAAGGGUUAGUCUUCACCUUGCCUUUGACAAAAAUAAAGUGUUAAAACGGUCUCCUUCUGAGUCACUGUGACUUCUCUGAUGUCACAACAAUUUAAUAAUAUUAUGCUUAGCUAGACACUAAAAUCAUCUUAAUAUGUAGGUGAGUGGCUGUUCUGCACACUGGUUAAGGAUGCAAGACUUUGUUUUAACAGAAGCCGCAUGGAGAAGAAUUUAAAUUAGAAACUCCAAUUGCUAUUUAAUUGGAGCAUUUAAUGCACUCCGUGACCCUUGUGCCGCACAGCCACAGCUGGUGUAAAUAAUAGAAAGUGAGGGGAGGUUGGACCAGCUCCCGACCUCAAUGGGGCGCUCACGGCAGGAUACCAGCUGCAGGAAUAUGUUUGAGGCACCAUCUGUAGGAAGGUGCUUGCAGUCGAGUGUAAGAGACUUCCACCUUUUGACGUUAACUGUUGUUCUCUGGUUGUGGAUCUGUUUGAAAAAAUAGGUUGGUAGGUGGUUGUUUGACCCCUGCGUAAAAAAAAAGGUGACACGACCAGAUAGCAUGUGAUGUACCAACUGCGUAAUACACAGAGGUGCUAUUACAGCUAGAUUAGUUGUUGAUAGUACGACCAGGUUGUUGGAGUGUUGCUCUACAUCAGAUCACCAUAGUUGAUUAAAUCAGCUGGUUUAGCCUAGGAUUAUACUUGUCUCACGCAGUUGGUCCAUCCGGGUGACAUCUGUGAAAGGGCGCUGCGAUAACACCCUACGCAGCCAGAUGGUGUAACGUAACACCAGAGCACACAACACCAAGUCUCAGCAGGUUGUAUGAGCCGCGUUCCAGCCUCCCCUCGAGAGCUGAUUUGUGAAGAUUGUAGUCUCAUUCUCGUGAAAUUUUUAUUUAUUAAUUUGUGAGUUCUUUGUACAUUGUGGAAAUUGUAACUUUUGAAAUUAAAGUGGACCCAUGUCCAUGGCUGUCUUUGA